UGUUUUUUUGGAUGAGAAGUAGACAGUAGUAGAGGGAACGUGGAGAACACAGAGAGAGAGAGAGCAGCGAAGAAGAAGAAGAAUCAUCCUAGCUUUCUGCCUAACUGUGAAGAAUCCACAUUGUGUGAAUUGUAACUUGAAAAGGAUAAAAAGCUUUCAACUUUAGACGUUGGUUUGAAUUUGAUUCCUCAGAAGGAUGAUUUGUUUGAGAUAUUCACUACCACCUUCUCUUCCUCCUCAAACAAAGGAAUCAACCAAACUCUUCUCCAAGAGACCUAUCAACGUUGUGGUUUGUGCUGCUAGAGGUCCAAGGCCUCGUUCCCCUCGAGUCUGGAAAACAAGAAAGAGAAUCGGAACUAUCUCCAAGUCUGCCAAAAUGAUUGCUUGUAUUAAAGAACUCUCCAACGUUAAAGAAGAAGUCUACGGAGCCCUCGACUCCUUCAUCGCCUGGGAGCUAGACUUCCCUCUCGUCACCGUCAAGAAGGCUUUAGCCAUUCUCCAAGACGAGAGAGAGUGGAAGAAGAUCGUUCAGGUGACUAAAUGGAUGCUGAGCAAAGGCCAAGGGAGGACCAUGGGGACUUACUUCUCCUUGCUCAACGCUCUAGCCGAAGACGACCGUCUCGACGAAGCCGAGGAGCUUUGGAACAAACUCUUCAUGGAGCAUUUGCAAGGAACUCCCAGAAAGUUCUUCAACAAGAUGAUCGCUAUCUAUUACAAGAGAGAUAUGCACCACAAGCUCUUCGAGGUGUUUGCUGACAUGGAGGAGCUUGGAGUGAAACCGAACGUUGCGAUUGUGAAUAUGGUUGGGAAAGUGUUUUUGAAACUUGGGAUGAAGGAUAAGUACGAGAAGCUUGUGAAGAAGUAUCCUCCACCGCAGUGGGAGUUCAGGUAUAUUAAAGGAAGACGCGUUAAGGUCAAGGCCAAGCAGCUAAGUGAGCUAAGUGAAGGUGAAGGAGGCUUCAGCAGUGAUGAUGAGAUUGAGAGUAAAUCUGAAAUGUUGUUGUCAGACAAGGAACCAAACAAGGUUGGUGAAGAUCUCAGUGAAGAGGAAGAAGAAGAAGAAGAGCUUUAGGGUAGGAAUCAAGGAAAAAUGAGAACUUCUGGAGAACCAUGUCUUGAUCAUUUGGACUCUUGUUAAGAUUGUAUCUGCCUGUUGGAUCAUUUGCAAGAAAAAGAGAUGAACAGCCAAAGUUAUUCAGUGAAGCUUUUUUGGACCGUUCUUAGGUUACUAGCAAAGAGCUUAGAAUAGUCAAAACAAGAUACAAUGAAGAGUCAACGUGAAGCCUUUUGAGUGUCACUGUGUAAGCUUUGAAGGCAAAAAAAAAAACUAUUGUAUUUCAGUUUAGAGUGGCUUUUGUGUUUGUUCA